CUCCAGGCCACCAUGGCCAAUUUCUAUGCAUACCAACCACCCAUUCCAGCAGCCGUCCCUUACAAUUCUUUUGCUCCAUACACGCCCCAACCGGCACAGUAUACUCCUCAACCACCGUAUUCACCACAAAUUCCCGGUUACCCACAAAGCUACUUUCCAGCUUACAAUCUCCAACCCACAAAACCACCCACCCCUCCUCCGCAAGACCAGCUACCAGCGCCUCCAGACUUGACAUCGAUCACUCCGGCGGUCGCUAAAGAAACAAUCCGACGAGUGCUCGUCUCGGAAUUGAGCGAUGCGGGUUUCUCUUCAUCAGACGCGCAAGCCUUAGACCGCCUGGAACGCGAUGUUGUUGCGUUCAUCCAACGGCUAUACGAGCGGGCACACCAAUACGCAAACCUCUCCAACCGGUCUGGGGCAAUUGCGACAGACAUGAUACUCGCCUGUGAAGAGCUGGACAUCGUCCCAGAGAAGCUCAGACCGAUGCGGUCCAAAAUGAAGCGCAAGAAGAAGAGCAAAGAAGUACCUGCCGUCCCCAGUCUGCUUCCAGCUCGCUCUCGAUCCCCCUCUCCAACACGGCUGCCUUCAGAUGACGAAGUCGCACCGAUAAUACCUGUAACCCUUCGUGGAUUGCCACACUCUACCCCCAAGAUUCCGCCCAAACACACCUACUUACGAACGCCGGCCUCACCUCCAAAACGAGCCGCCAUACCUACCCUCGAAAAGAAGUUGGAGACGGCCGGCCUGGUACAAACUUCUUUAAAAAACCUAAUGGUGGCCACGGCAGAUGCGAAAGGCCAGGAAGAAGGAGAAUUGCUUGGACAUAUCGUCAAUUCAGAGACGGCCAUUCAUCCGCGCAAGAGGUGGAAGUUGACUCAAUCUUCCUCCCGCAAGUCUCGAAACAGACCUCGCACUUCUAUCGCUAGUUGA